GUGACAAAAAAAAUAUAUGCCCUGUAGAAAUGAAUGGCGAUUUAAAAAAUAUAUAUAUUGAUUUGUGUCGGUCAAAAACUCCGCGGUCCCUAAACUCUCGAAUCGCCUCGUCCAGCAGGCGCCACGUGUCAACGAGUUCCGGGCACCCCUUCGCACCGCGCAAACAAAAGUUGUGCAUUGAAGAUGCAUUUACAAAGUAAAUAAAUUCAAGUAAGCGUCGACGUGGGUGGGAGCAGGCGUCCCAUCAUUGACGUGCUUCUCGAGAGGGAUAUGGCGUGCGCGGUGGCCACCCCGGUGCCGGAGCCUAGCGGGGACUUCCCGGCGUGGCUGGAGGCGCAGGGCGUGAACGCGGAGGUGGCCCGGGCCAUGGACUCGGAGCUGGGCAUCCGGGACUACGGGGUCCUGCGCGCCUGCGUCGGGGACGGCCUCGUGCGGGCCGAGCUGCUGGCCACGGCGCGCGACCGCCUGCCCUUCGGCUUCUACGCCGUGCUGCGGCAGGUGGUGAAGGCCCUGCGGGGCGCCGAGCCCCACGAUGGUUCUGGGAUUCCGCGCUGGGACGCCGCCGCCGCCGCUUCCGCCCCCGGCGACGUGACCCUGGGAGGCCUGGUGGAGGUGCUGCUCGCGCUGUUGAGCGGCUUGAGCCGGGAGCUGCUGCUGUCCGCGCGGAGGCUGGGUAACGGGGACGAUCGGAAACGCCGAGUGGAUUCUUCUUUGUCGGCAGCUCGUGUUACUUCUGAAGAUGAGCCAGCAGAAAUGGAUCAGUUUGAACAAAAUGGGGAGUCGGAGGAAACCUUAAUUCCAGCCUCGGAUGACACCAACUCCACUAUCACUGCGGACCAAAUUAAAUUGGAACCCCUUCAAGCACUGGAGCAAGGAUCAGGAGAGAUGGCUUUAAACGAGCUUCAUGACAAGAUGGGAGUGACCUCGGCUUCAGUCGCAGACGACUCGAUGGUGCAGAUAAAAACGGAGGCCCCAGAAGCAGAAGAGGCAUUGGUGUCAACGCACGGAGACGUACAUUUGAGCGACCGUGCCAAGUGCGAGGAAGACGGGGGCCAGAGACUCUGUGGCCAUUCCUGCCCUAGAGCAGCUAGAAUGAGGGUGGACGAUGGCGAGGAGAAAGGCGUGGAUUAG